AGCAAGAGACCAUUCAGCCAGAUACAGCAGCAAAUAAUUCUUCCAUAAUCCAUCAAACAACCACUCCAUCGAUCCUCUAAACAUUCACAAUGCGUUUCCUCAGCAUUUUCGCCGCCAUCGUUGCCCUCACCCCUGCCGUCAUGGCACAGGGCCAGAACCCCAAGAACUGUCUUGAGAAAUGUCAUCCCUACAGCGCUGGUUCCAAUGAGUACUGUGAUGCUGACCACCAGGCUCUGUACCGUGAAGGCCCUGGCUGUUUCAAGUGCUGUGAGUCCGUUUAAGCGGAUCAAGGAGAGCUGGGACCAGAAGUUUAGUAGUCUCUUAGGUUGAGGAUCUGUAGGUUGAUUUUGUGUUUCGCAGUUGGCUUCUUUGGGGGCUGUGGAGUAUUGUUUCUGUUGAGCGAAUACCGAUGUGUACAAUGCAAUCUGUUUAUUGGUGUGUCAUUGGGAUGUUUAUAAAACAAUAUAAACUGGAAAAUGGAAAAAUGCGAAAUGACAAUAAGCCAUCAAAGGUGCAGCCUAGUUAACAU